AUGUGGGAAACAACACCCAUCCCAUGUCUCGGAAUCCGCUCGCUGAAAGCAACAGACGGGCCGGCCGGUGUGCGCGGUGCGAAAUGGACCGAGGGGUCGCGCACAACUUUCAUCCCCAGCGGAAUAUCGCUCGCAGCGACAUUUGACCACGACAUUGUGCGGCGCAUCAGGGCUGUUCUGGGUGCGGAAGCGCAUAACAAGCAAGCGCAUGUAUUGCUGGCACCGACAAUGGACCUCAGCGAUCGGAAUUUCGAGAACUUUGGAGAGGAUCCGUUUCUUACGGGGUCCCUGGCGAGGGAAUACAUUACUGGCGUGCAGAGCGAAGGAGUCGGCGCUUGCGCGAAACACUUUGUUGCGAACGAUCAAGAAACUCGCCGGUUCAACAUGGACGAGGCCAUUGAUGAGCGGACAUUGCGCGAGAUGUACCUCCGACCGUUCCAGAUGACUUUGGACGCGGAUCCGUGGACGGCCAUGUAUCCGAAGAUCAACGGAGUUCACGCGGAUUGCAGUCGGACUCUGAUCAAGGAUAUUCUGCGGGAGGAAUGGGGAUACCAGGGGCUGGUUAUGAGUGACUGGGGAGGACUGAAUUCGACAGUUGAAAGUAUCAAGGCUUCGACGGACCUGGAGAUGCCUGGACCGGCAUUGAGAUACGGGAAGGCACUUGAGGACGCUGUCAAAGAGGGAGUGGUUUCGGAAGAGGAAGAUAUCAAUUCUUCAGUUCUCCGCGUAUUGAAGCUUCUUAACCGAGCAGGGUGCUGGUCAGGAGGCAGUACAGAUAACCCAGCAAUGGAGAUCGACGAGUCCAGCGUCAGUGUCAUGGACGGCGAGCAAAUGCUGGAUCGCUCCGAGUUCCGCGCCACCGCACGAGAAGCAGCCGAAGAUGGAAUCGUGCUGCUGAAAAAUGAGAACGGACUUCUUCCCCUGCGACCGACGACGCUGAGAAAACUCGCCAUCAUCGGGCCCAAUGCAAAGACGCCCACGGCUGGUGGUAGUGGCAGUGCCAUUGUCAACCCCUACUACGUGACCAAUCCGUACGAUUCCCUGGUAACGGCCGCCAAAGUCGCCAAUCCACAGCUGGAGAUUACCUACGAGCAAGGCAUCCUCACCCAUCUGCACCUGCCACUGCUGGGAGACAUCCUCAAGACACCCGAUGGCUCUGCCCAGGGCGUCCAAGUUGACUUUUACCAGGGCCACCAGUUCGAAGGAGGUGUCGUCGCCACAACGUACUGGCAGGACUCGCUGGUCUACCUGAUGAGCGACGGAGACAUCCCUGCCCAACUGAAGGGGAAGCGCUUUUGUUUCCGCGCUAGGGGCGUAUUCACACCAACCAUCAGCGGAACGUAUGACUUCAGCCUGUCCAACACCGGGAAGGCCGAGGUUUAUGUGGACGAGCUGUCGAUCGACAAUACGGAAUGGACUCGGAUCUGCGCCAACUUCAUGAACUGCAGCAGCCCGGACAAGUCGGCUAUGAUGUAUCUCAGCGCAGGCCGGAACUACGCAUUCAGGGUUGACAGUGUUGUUGUGCCUCCGCCGACCCGACCUCGUGAAUACGCUCUUCCACCGCAUUGCCGGAGUCAACGUCGGCAUGCUGAUCCAGCACAACAAGGAUGCCAUGUUUAG